UGGCGCUCAUUGGGCUCAGUCUCCACAGCCCCUCCUUGUUUGGUGGCGCUGACUGCUCUGCUGUAAUGUUUACCCUGGGCAGAAGAGGCUGCCAUUGGUGAGUCUUUACGUGGUUUAGUUUACUUGCAUCAUGAGCCGAUGAUGGAAUAUGAUGUGAACCAUGGUAGUGACAGCGUUAAUUAACUGCAAACACAAAAUGGACCUUACAGCGAUGCUAAUAUGCCUUGAUUGUUGACAUUGUCAUAGACGCACUCCAUGCUACAUUCGCCGGUGUGCAAAUUGCAUAGCGGAAACGUUGUUCGCCGGUGUGCAAAAUGCGGAGCGGAAACCUUCUACGAGGAAAUGGAAGCUAUUUUGCUCUCUUGAUCGCGCAAGUGCAAAAUUGCAUAACCUAUUGGAUAGUCCUCAUAGGACCUCAUGUCCGAUUGAGGAUCGCCAGCAGUCACGCAAACAUCAAUUGGACUCCUGUGAUCUAUAUGAACAAUUGUAGCAAAUAUGGAAAAACAUCUAUAUUAUGUAUUGUUUUACACUCACGUGCUGUUGAGAUACCAUACAGCUUCGAAGUGGCUUCAAACCUAAAUUAUGUUGAGGAUGCCAGAUAAUUUUUACUGUGUCUAAGAUCAAUGUACUCAGAAUUGUGACCGAAAAGUGUGCACGGUAUUUGAAUAACAUGACGUCAGCUCACGUUUAAUUCACGCGUUCGUUGAACAAGUAUAGGUAGACGUUACAGCUCGAGCUGAGCCACUUGUUUAUCGCGGGGAUCUUUUGUUUCCAUGUAGGAUAUCAAAUGUUUGUUGGUUGGUAGGUCGCAUCAUCGCUGUCUGGACGUCUGCUGUCUGUGUUUGCCGCUCUCGGAUUGGCCUCUACAAAGCGGGGGCGUGGCUCCGUUAUAACAAUGCAGUGUAGGGAACGUGCACGCGGUAAUCGGGCUUUUCUUCGAUUAUGAAAGAACGACUUGUUUCUAUUUUUGUAUCAUUAAUGCUACUUUGGAUACAUUACCAUUAACGGGUGGGUUUUUAUUUUUAGUAUUCUCACGGUUGCUGGGGAGACGGAGCCUCUCCGCAGCCAAAGGAAAACGUCUUAUAGGGCUGUAGUUUAGCAAGCUGACUGUCGGGCAGUUUCGGGGAUAUAUACAUAAAAGGAAACACGGUUGUGGACGAAAUUCAGAGGACGGUGUAGUAUUGAGGGACACACGUCAGUUGGAGGCUGUCGUGCACAAGGAUAAGUGGAUGGAAGACGGCAUUUUGCAAGCUGGAACACCUGUCAUCUCCCCUUCUCACGGAGCACUCAAACUAGCCACGAAAGGUGAAGACAAUCGGAGGCAACAAACAAGUGUCUCCUCCACUGUGUAGUUUCCUUUCCCAUAGUGUGACUCGUCUGCACGACGUCACCAAUGCGACCAUGGGAAGUAGCAGUAAAUAGGCUGCCCCCAACAGCCCCCUUGAACCCGAGGAGGUUCCUCGGAGAGCCCUGUGCUGCCCCUGUGCAUCUCAGGAGAAGCCCACCAGUGAGAUGCCAGUGGGGGCCUGUGCUGCACACUUCCCUGGUCCAGGAUGAGAAUCUCCGUCAUCUGCUUUUCUCACAAUAUCACCAACAGGUUCCUUUAGAUGAAUCCAGACAAUACAGCCACACCAGCACAGCGCCACGCAUGCUUCACCCUGCGGCCCACCUCCCCCAGCAGAACCCCAUCAUGGUGGAUCUACACGAGCAGAUGCCCCAGGGAUCUGUUCCAAUAGCAUACACUGUUACGACGGUGACGACCCAUGGAUUUCCCAUCCACACCGGGCAGCCUUUACCAGGGUGCAACACUCCGCAACUCCCAGCAUGCUCGGUAAUGCUCAGCGGACAGCUCUCUCUGCUCUGCUGCCUUCCUCCUCCUCUCAUACAGGCGUGUACCAUGCAGCAUAUGCCGGUGUCUUACCAAGCCUUCCCACCCCUGAUCUCCAGUGAACAUUUUGUAUUGCACCCAACCCCAUCUGUACCCCCUCACCAGCCGCCGCACCUUACACCUCUGAGCCAAUUUGUCCCUUUACAGCAUCAGCACCCACGCAUGCCUCUACAGCGGGUAGAGAAUGAAGUCGACCUAAGAGGGGACCAGCACCCAUUAGGAACCUUCUCCUACUCGCAUCAUCCACCAGCGCUGCCUCCUUCUCUGCCCAUACCGUAUCUUCCUCAAGAGCCUCUGCAUCAGGAGCUUCCUUUCGGAGUGCCAUACCCGCACAUGCUGCCCCGGCGAGUAAAUGGGCAGAGAUACCGGCUGCAGCAACCUCUCCCUCCUCCCCCGCCGCCUCCAUCCUACUACCCAGGCUUCCUCCCUUACUUCCUCUCAAUGCUUCCUGUGCCUCCAACUGCAGUGGGCCCAGCCAUCAGUCUCGACCUUGAUGUGGACGAUGUGGAAAUGGAGAACUAUGAGGCUUUACUGAAUCUCGCCGAGAGGCUGGGUGAAGCCAAACCACGUGGACUCACCAAGGCCGACAUUGAGCAACUUCCAUCCUACAGGUUCAGCUCAGAGAAUCAUCUCUCUGAGCAAACGCUAUGUGUUGUGUGCUUUAGUGACUUUGAGUGUAGGCAGCUACUUCGGGUAUUACCCUGCAACCACGAAUUCCACGCCAAAUGUGUGGACAAAUGGUUGAAGACCAAUCGCACUUGUCCCAUCUGCCGAGCCGACGCGUCGGACGUGCACCGGGAGGCGGAGUGAGAGCUGGAGUGGAAAAAGCUUUGCCCACCUCAGAGUUAGUCCUAAAGCUGUGGACAACCGCCACUAACUAACCACAGCCCACUAAACAAUAAGCAAUCCGGGACGGUUCUCUGCGUCCCCAGCUGUGCUUCAAUUGUCCCGAGUCUUGUGAGGAAAAAAAAAUAAAAAAAUCCCCCGCUGCAGCCAGAAGGCGGAGCGCUGGGAUCACCAGCUGGUUCUUUCUCUGGCCUCCCCACUUCCUUGUUGCCGAUUCCAAAGAGUAUCCCCUUUUGUGCGCAUUAUUUGCUGCUUUUGUUUACAGGGUUGCGUUAGUUGAAUUUAGUGGAGGAUGGAAAGAUGGAAGUGAUUCAAGACUAUCUGGACGCGUGGAGAAGCAGCAUAGAUGCAUGUUCGUGUUGGCAAAACAGACUUCUUUGUACCCAUGUUCUGCAAUAGUCGAUUGAUCAUUUAGCCCUUUUUUGUUCAGCUUGAGCUUUUAGACUGCAAGCGCCGCGCGUCUGCCACGCGAUCCUCUCUGGAACACACACGUAUCCAAAAAGAUGUCUUAAAUUCACAGACCGGAUCAUUUCAAGGUCAUCGAGCAUAAGUGCACAAGUGCUACGGCUAUCCUCAGCGUGUGUGUGUGUGUACGUGUGCGUGUGUAUGUUUGCGCGUUGAUCCUGUUCACAGAGCCAAUGUAUUAUUGUGUACACACUGGAUACAUGGCGGCAUGCUGGGAUUUGCAUGAACUGUUGAUUCCGACUAGCAAUAUUUAAACCAAGCAUUACCACCAAAAUGAUGCAACUGGAGCGAAAAAAAAAGAGGCAGCAUACAAAGAGAGUGGCUUGCUUAUGUGGGAAGGCGAGCAUUGAAACGGAUGCAAGUCGCCGUUGUCGCGCGCGGGCAGCAAUACGUUGCAAAGGGGCGACAUUUGAAUCUUCCUGUUUGAGGAGGACGUGGCGGUCAACGUUUGUCUGUUUGUUUGUGAGCCAAAUCCAAUAUAUAGAUAUCGCCUACUUUUCCAGAUGUUCUUUCGACCUGCCUUCUUAUGACCUUGACAAGCACAAACCUACGACUAAUCCUGGCAAAUACUGUGUCAUUUUCACUGUUUCUAAAAGGUUUUAUUUAUUGCUUUGUAACCUUUUGGAGAAAAUGAGUUGAUGGAUCACGUUGGGAGCACUAACAUUGUGUGUAUCUUACGGUAACGUGGUCAUCAACGUAAUGGUGGUGUUAAAGCAGACAAGAAAAACAAAAAAAGAACAAGUGUAUGUAUAAUUUGUGCGUGAAUGCUUUUAGAUUUGAAGACAGAAGAAUGUCGUAGAAGUCACUGGUGUUCAGUAGUGCGGAAACGCUGGUGGACUCCUACUUUCCGGCUUGCGUUGUGACUUGAGAAAAAAAAAAUUAGUAAGCACUAACGGGCAGUUGUAAGCUUUGCUUUUGCGUGUAAAGGGAUCUUGCCUUUUUCUUUAAGUGUCUUAAGUGAAUGUCAGUCUUUGAUGUGUGUGCCAUCUUCAAAAGAAAAAAAAGCCAUUUAAUGAGUUCUACCCACAGCUUCGAGAAUUAAUCUACGUGUACAUACAUAUCUAUUGGAAGGCUAUAUUGUACGUUUAAAAAAAAACUCAGGGCCACUCGGUGUAUGAUACAGGACAAGAAGAGUCAAGUCUUGUGUCGAAUGGGAAGGAUGCCAUGAAAAGGAGGAUCUGAAUUUAUGUUGAGGUCAUUUUUCUCUGACCACUAAUGAUUUCAUGUAAGCAAUUAUGUCCUCUUAUGUCUGAAAUAAUAAACCGUUUAAAGACAAGGCAUGUUUUCAAAAGAAAAAGAA